AUCAAACAGCUGACUCCUCAGCAGCCCCAAUACCUCCCACAUCCCCCUCACCCACUCACCCCCCGAAACACUUAUCAAUUAGCGACUUCAUGAGUUUACUUUAGAUGCUCAGCCCGUUCCCGCGAGCAUAUUUAUUUUCUCUCGCGGCACGGAAAAGUUCCACGGAUUCACGAAUCCAAAAAUCAGUCAGUCGAUUCGCAGGGCGGCGAGCUGUACGCACAAUUUGUCAGGGGCGGAGACAAGGUCAAGCAAGGUCUUUGUUGGCAACCAAACCAAUAAACCGAAUUCCACGAGCGUCCGGACGGUGAAAGGAUAAGGAGAAAGCGAGAGAAAUGGCCCAGGUGCGACAGCUGGUGCAGGGAGCGAGGAGAGGACUCCUCAAUGUGGGCGGCGUUGCCCAGGUGGCGACCCAAAAUCGCUACCAACACGGCGGGGCCAUCAGCGGAGAUUAUGAUUUGGUUGUGGUUGGUGGUGGCAUUGUGGGCACCGCCUCUGCCCGCGAGAUCCUCCUGCGCCACCCCACCCUCAAGGUGGCUGUUCUCGAAAAGGAACCCAAACUGGCCACCCACCAGAGCGGCCACAACUCCGGAGUUAUCCAUGCUGGCAUCUACUACAAGCCCGGCACCCUGAAAGCCAAGCUCUGCGUGGAGGGAAUGCAUCUGGCGUAUGCCUACUUGGAUGAGCGAAAGAUUCCAUACAAGAAGUGCGGCAAGCUGAUCGUGGCCACCGACGAGAAGGAGGUGAAGCUCCUGGGGGAUCUGGAGAAGCGUGGCAUUGCUAACAAUGUCCCGGACCUGCGGAUGAUCGAGGGCAGUGAGAUUCAGGAGAUCGAGCCCAAUUGCCAAGGUCUCAAGGCGCUUCACAGUCCGCACACCGGCAUCGUAGACUGGGGCCUGGUGACCCAAUACUACGGCGAGGAUAUUAAGAGGUCCGGCGGUCACAUCUACCUGGACUACAAUGUCAGCAAGUUCAGCGAAACCAAAGAGGGCACCGAGUACCCAGUGACCAUCCACGGCGCUAAGCCAGGACAGACGGUGCGAACCAAGAACGUCCUGACAUGCGGAGGGCUGCAGUCAGAUCUGCUGGCCGAGAAGACCGGUUGUCCCCGGGAUCCCCGCAUUGUUCCCUUCCGUGGGGAGUACCUCUUGCUCUCGAAGGAGAAACAGCACAUGGUCAAGGGUAACAUUUAUCCAGUACCCGAUCCGCGAUUCCCCUUCCUGGGUGUUCAUUUUACGCCUCGCAUGGAUGGUUCCAUCUGGCUGGGACCCAAUGCUGUUCUCGCCCUGAAACGAGAGGGAUACACUUGGGGCGACAUCAAUAUCCUGGAACUACUCGACGCUUUGAGAUAUCCUGGCUUUGUCAAAAUGGCCAGCAAGUACGUUGGCUUCGGCCUCAGCGAAAUGUCCAAGUCGUGGUUCAUCAACCUGCAAGUGAAAGCCCUGCAGAAGUACAUCCCCGACAUCACGGAGUACGACAUUCAGCGUGGUCCAGCCGGAGUUCGGGCCCAGGCCAUGGACCUGGACGGCAACCUGGUGGAUGACUUUGUCUUCGAUCGCGGAGAGGGUUCGGGAGCACUGGCCAAGAGGGUGCUUCAUUGCCGAAAUGCUCCGUCGCCAGGUGCCACGAGCAGCUUGGCCAUUGCAAAGAUGAUUGCCGACAAGAUCGAGAAUGAGUUCUCGAUUGGAAAGAAGUAAACGCUAGUAACCCAAAGUCUAGACCCCAUUUAUCCUUAAAAAUGCCAUCGUUUAGAUGAAUAAUUCGCAUUUCUCUUUGUAAGUCAUGAAGGAUAUUUUUUCAUAAAAAAACAGACAAAUAUAACUCUUUUUUAAAAAUCUA